GGGUGCGGGGCUGUGGAUUGUGAGGCUCCGGUCUGGAUCCCUGAGGCGCUCGCGCGUCGCCGCUGUCCUUGCGGCCGCCCCCACGCCGUGCGCGGCCCUCCCGUCCCGGGCUUCGCCGCUCUCGCCUCGGCCUCAACAGCCUGCCCGGCUCUCGGCAGCUCCUCCGUGAGCCCGCUGGGACCUCGCGCCCCUCGCUCGCGCCCCUCGCGCUCCUCUGGCGCCCGAGGGGGGCGGCUUGGGCCAUGGUGCCCUCCCAGGAGGAGCCCGCCGCCGCGCGGGGGACAGGUGAGGCGCAGCCCCUCGGUCCCGCGCCCAUGGGGGCAGCAGAGCUGCCCGGUCCCGGCCCCUCAGACGGCCCCGAGGCGGCCUCCGAGAAGGUGGAGGUGGAGCUGGCGGGGCCAGCGGACGCGGAGCUCAGUGAGCCUCCCGAGCCUCCCGAGGGCGGCUGGGGCUGGCUGGUGAUGCUGGCGGCCAUGUGGUGCAACGGGUCGGUGUUCGGCAUCCAGAACGCCUGCGGGGUGCUGUUCGUGUCCAUGCUGGAGACCUUCGGCUCCAAAGACGAUGACAAGAUGGUCUUCAAGACAGCAUGGGUAGGUUCUCUCUCCAUGGGGAUGAUUUUCUUUUGCUGCCCAAUAGUCAGUGUCUUCACAGACAUAUUUGGUUGUCGGAAAACAGCUGUUGUGGGUGCUGCUGUUGGAUUCAUUGGACUCAUGUCCAGUUCUUUUGUAAGUUCCAUCGAGCCUCUGUACCUAACUUAUGGAAUCAUAUUUGCCUGCGGCUGCUCCUUUGCAUACCAGCCUUCCUUGGUCAUUUUGGGACACUAUUUCAAGAAGCGCCUUGGACUGGUGAAUGGCGUUGUCACUGCUGGCAGCAGUAUCUUCACAAUUUUGCUGCCUUUGCUUUUAAGGGUUCUAAUUGACAGUGUGGGCCUCUUUUAUACACUGAGGGUCCUCUGCGUCUUCAUGUUUGUUCUCUUUCUGGCUGGUUUUACUUACCGACCUCUUACUUCCAGUACCAAAGAUAAAGAGAGUGGAGGCAGCGGAUCCUUCCUCUUUUCCAGGAGAAAGUUCAGUCCUCCAAAAAAAAUUUUCAAUUUUGGCAUCUUCAAGGUGACAGCUUAUGCAGUGUGGGCAGUUGGAAUACCACUUGCACUUUUUGGAUACUUUGUGCCUUAUGUUCACUUGAUGAAACAUGUAAAGGAAAGAUUUCAAGAUGAAAAAAAUAAAGAGGUGGUUCUCAUGUGUAUUGGCAUCACUUCAGGAGUUGGACGACUGCUCUUUGGCCGGAUUGCAGAUUAUGUACCUGGUGUGAAGAAGGUUUAUCUGCAGCUUUUUCCCUUCUCAGGGUUACUUCGUGACAAGCUGGGCUCCUAUGAUGUGUCAUUCUACCUCGCUGGGAUCCCUCCCCUUAUUGGAGGUGCUGUGCUUUGUUUUAUUCCAUGGAUCCAUAGUAAGAAGCAAAGAGAGAUCAGUAAGACCACUGGAGGAGAAAAGAUGGAGAAAAUGUUGGAGAACCAGAACUCUCUGCUGUCAAGCUCAUCUGGAAUCUUCAAGAAAGAAUCCGAUUCUAUUAUUUAAUGUCUUAUAUACCUCUGCCAGACUGGACUUGCUUUCGAAUUUUAAGCAAGUUUUCCUUUUAUAUGAAUCGCAAAUUUCUUAUUUUUUUAAUCACAUGCUA